AUGUCAGAUUAUUCAAACUCCACAGACUUGGUGAAGAUUGGUAUCAAAAAGGUGUCUCAGCAAUUCGAUGAAUGCUCGACAGCAGCAAAAGAUAAUCCAAUAUUAGCAGAAAUUGCCGUAGUGCUUGACGUCCAAAAACAAGUAUUUGAGCACGCCGUACUUGAAUAUUUGUUAGACAGCAAGAAUAUGAUGGAGAAAAGCGCCGAGUUGUCGAAUGAGGUUGAGAGUCUUGGACCGAAUUGUACGGAUAUCGAACAGUUUAUGAAUGCAGUCAGAGCACUUGUAGCUUUUGCGAAAGAAUAUGAGACCUAUGCGAAACAUUUAGCACAAUGUUUCAGAGAUAUCUACGUGGCGUUGACAAAUUGUUCAAAGGACGCAAAAGAUUACUUGGAGAAAGAACUUCAAGAGAAGAUGGAGGAGUUGGACAAGUUAUUGAAAGACGUUGACAGUGCAAAUGAAACAAAGACGGCUGGAAAGGUCGGCGCAGGACUUGGCGUGACAAGUGUAGCCGGAGCAAUUGCCAUUGGUCUUCUUGCUCCUCAGGCCGUAAUCGGAGCUGCUGCCGUCGCAGCUUUGGGCAGCGCGAUAGGAGUUGGCGGUGUCGCUACUGUAAAAAGCAAGGGAAAUCUUGUUGCAUCGCUCACGGAAGACAUAGAAGGCUUGAUGGUUAAAGCAGAUGACAACAAAUUAAUGAGAGCGUUGUGUACGAAUUUAAACGAUUCCGCAACAGAGAUUAGGCAGAUAGAAAUCCAUUGGCAAGCGCGAGGUGUCGAGGCAGAGAGGUUGCUCGAAAGACUGCAGAACUAUGAGGGCAGAGGAAGACAUUUGGGCAUACUCGAGGCGAAUGCAUUUAGGCAAAAAUGGACAAACUACCAAAGAGAUUUUGAAAGAUACUCAACCGAAAUAUGGCAGUAUCUUUCGGAACAAGUUCAAGACAAAUAUGAAGCUGUAAUGUCCUGA